AUGAGAAACAGCGGUUCAAAGCAAGGGGAAGAGAGAAUUUUGAGAGGAUUUGUUGAGGGAAAAGAGGAAAGAAUGAAGGAAGAAAAAUGGGUGGCUUUAGCAAACUUCUGGCAGCUUGACGAAAGCUUUAUCAGGCUCUUGAGUGUUUUGCCAGAAGAGAAAAGGGGAAGCAAUGGAAGAACAUGGCUCGAAAUUGAAGGAUUCUAG